ACCUGUCUGUUUAGUCCCUCCCGACUCGCCGUAGAAGACCUUCAAAACUGCUAUAUAUGUUUGCGAGGGAAUCAGUCGUCUGGCGGCGACUAAAGUUCCAUUUUGUAUUUGAACUCACGUUUCCAAGGACGCGUCCAACUUGAUUUAGCGACCUCUUUACGUCUUUUAUGUCGUAGUCUGUCGCCUUAAAGCUACUUCUGCGCUUCCAGGGGCGGCUAAGCUAGCUAAAACGCAGCAACCACCAACACGAGACGACAGCCGUGUUGUGUGUUUGACGUCACAUGAUUGGUAUUAUUUUUUAUUAUUAGUCAUCGUGUUUAUUGAUUGGCGUCAUUCAUGGCGGCCGCGCAGGGAGAGACGAGGAAGCGGAGCAAGAAGUACUUCGGUUUCGGCGGCUACCCCCACAGCAAACGCUGGAGGGGGUCCAGGGAGCUGGAAGUGGGCAUGCAGGGCAUCCUGAUCACUUGCAACAUGAACCAGAAGAAGUGCACCGCCGAGGCCUUCGACCUGCUCAAUGAGUACGCCGAUCAACUAUAUGGUCCUGAGAAGUUUCAAGAGGACGAGGGCAACUACAGCGAAGGAGAUGUGGACGAUGCGCUGAGGAGGGAAGUGGCGCAGCUGAAAGCCGCCCCGGGGAAACAGUGGCGUUUCCAGGCUCUGGAGAGCGGGGCCAACAACGUCAUCUUCAUCAGAACUCACAAUCUGGAGUCUGACAAGCUGGUUCAUCACAUCCUGUCGGACCUGCACGCCACCAAGAAGAAAAAGACACGCAUCAUCCUUCGAAUGCUGCCGGUGAUGGGGACGUGCAGGGCCUUCCCGGAGGAGAUGCUCAGGUACCUGAGCACCUUCCUGCAACCCUGGUUCAAGAAGCCCAACAGAGCCACCUACCAGGUCGCCUUCAAGGCACGCAACAGCAGCCACAACAAGAGGGAAGACGUCAUCAAAGCCAUUGCAGGCCUGGUGGGGAAGCUGAACUCCAAGAACAGAGUGGACCUGACCAACCCGCAGCUCACCAUCAUCGUGGAGGUCAUCAAGGCGGUGUGCUGCAUCAGCGUGGUCCGAGAAUACACGCGCUACAGGAAGUACAACCUGCAGGAAGUGGUCAAAGACGACACCCCCAAGGCGGAUGACGACGCCCCCAAGGCAGAUGACGCCGCCACGGCGGAUGACGCCGCCACGGCCGAGCCUGACAAGGAAGGUGAGGCAAUGGAAGUAGAAAGGAAGGAUAGCGAUGCAGCAGCAGAAGGCGACAAGGAAAAUGAUGGAGCAGAAGAAAAGAAGGAAAACGAUGGAGUAGCAGAAGAAGAAAAUAAAAAUGAUGCGGUAGUAGAAGAAAAGGAAAACGAUGCAGCAGAAGAAGAAGCAGCAGCAGCAGAAGAAAAAGAAGAAGAAGCAGCAGAAGAAGAAGAAGCAGCAACAGCAGCAGCAGCAGAAGAAGAAGAAGAAGAAGAAGCAGCAGCAGAGGAGGACAAGAAGCCUGGUGAAGAAGACGUGGAUGAAGAAGAUGAGCCACAGGACUGUAAGGAUGUUGAGGGUGAUGGAGAGUGAGCUUGUGUGUCUUUAUAUCACAAGGAAGGCUGCUGCUGUUUUUUAUAGCCACAAGCCGCAAUCAAAUGAGGUUAACAAAAUGUGUUUUUAUUGCUAAUUGUUAAUUUAUGCAGUUUUCAGUCAUCCAGCAGCUUUUUAAAAUGAUCUUCAGUUGUAUUGCUUUGAAUUUAGCAGCUCAUCUUGUGUCACAGUUCUCUAAAGUUCCCCAAUUAAAAGUCGGUCUUUGUG